AUGGCGACUCUAAAGGAUCUCCCCAUAGUAUUGUUGUUCGAAAUUCUAUCAAGGCUUCCCGCAGUGUCUCUACUCCAAUUUAAGUCUGUGUGCAAAUUAUGGUACGCUCUGAUCAACGAUCCUGCAAUAUUUUCUUUACAAGAUAAAUGUAUUUAUAUCAACCGUCGAGUAGUGAUCGAUUUUGAAUUCUUUACGUAUAUACCCUCCAUCAUCAAGCUUUCCCACACCCCUGAUCGAUCUAUUUCCAUUCAUGACGUCAUCAAUCCAUCAAGUGAUUUUCCGAAUUUUGAUAUUUGCGGUCAUUCUCAUGGCUUAGUUUGUCUUUCGUGCGAUAGAGAUAUUUUCCUCUUUAAUAUGACGACCGAAAAGUUUCAUAGGCUUCCAUCAUCGAUUCUUCACUAUGAAGAUCCUAACACGGAUUCUUCAUUAACAGACUGCGUUGGAUUCGGAUACGAUUCCAAAUCUAGGGACUUCAAAGUGGUUAGGGUUGUACAAUUCCGCGACCUAGAUGGAGAAUAUUAUCGUCCGCCGGGAGUGGAAAUUUUGGAGUUGAGAAAAGAAAGAUGGAGGGAAAUUGAAUUCUCUACUUAUAUGCAUAUAAUGGUAACAGGUUCUACCCAGGUGCAUCAUGAAGAAAAAUCUUAUUGGUGGUCAAAAAAUAUAGAAGGAAAUCUUAUACGCACGUUUGACCUGAGCGAAGAAAUUUUUGGCGAAAUUUCAGUACCGGACAAUUUAGUGGAGGAGGAGUUGUUGUAUAUAAGUAUGGGGAUGUUGAAUGGAUCAAUUGUUAUAUUUCACGGCUCAAAAGCAGGGAAUGAAAAGACGUUCUCGGUUUGGGAAAUGGAGAAAGAUGUUUUUUCAUGGUCAAAACUAAUGACAAUUGGUCCUUUUUUAGGAGUCGAGAAGCCAUUGUUGUUUGUGAGUUCAGAUGAACUUUUAAUAGAAGCCGACGAAGGACAAGUGAUUUCUUACCAUGUUAAAACUCACGUGACCAAAGUUAUUCCCAUAAAAGGGCGUCCAUGUGUGUUCGCUGAUAUUUUUUGUCAAUUUUAGUUCGGUUCAAUCCUGAACAAUGUAGCGGAGGAGCAUACAAGUAAAGACUUGAGCAUAACUUAGUGGAUAAAGACAUUGCUUAUUGCCCAAAGUUAAUGUUUUGAUUCCCUCCCGAUGAGCUUAAAUGCACAAAACGAGUAAUCAAUAAUGGUGUGGAUCGGGUCCUUCAGAACUGAGUCUUUUAGACACGAAUGCCUUCCAAGUUUUCUUACGAGUGUUUCUUCUACUUUUUAAGUUUCUCGUUUUUGUUCAAUUAAUUUGUUGGACUU